CGUCUUUGUAUCUGGGUAUGAUGAUCAAAUAAAAGAUCUUACAGACUGGAAUGAUAGAAAAAGGAUUCGGGCUAUGGGAUAUGAGCUGAUAAAGGAAGCGAAACUUAAGAUCAGACAAUUAGACGGACUUAAAGACGAGGCCAAUCCAUACACGGCCUUUGCCGUUGGGACUUUGCUUGGUCGAAUCCGGGAAAAAUAUCGCUCGAUGCUGGAAUUAUACCGGAUGACAAGGAAUAAAUGUACGGGAGCAGCAAAUCUGACGCUACCAAAUGCGAAUCCUCGGAGACCGCUGCACAACCUCCUCAGAUUAGAAGAAAUACGAGGUUUAGAAGUGGAAAUAGAUCAAAUGGUACACAUACUGCAGAACUUAGAUGACGAUGCACCAUCAUAUGAUUCAAAACUAUUAGUUGGAUACGCGAAACCACUUCCUAAAUCGACCACACCGGAACCAGAUUCCAGGUCUAAUUGA